AUGUCGUUUAGGCUGUCGCUAUCAAAUAGUUAUGUGAGGUCAUGUCCUUCUGAUUUAGGGGCGGCCAAGCAUAGGGGGGUUAAUGCUAGAGGAAAGAGAACCUCUAGGCUUAGAUUUGGGAGUUGGAAUGUAGGCACCCUUACGGGAAAGUUUUUAGAGCUAUGCAAUGCCCUGACUAGAUGUAAGGUAGACAUUGCAUGCUUUCAAGAAACUAGGUGUACAGGGAAAAGUAGUAGAGAAGAGAACGGAUACAAGCUAUGGUACUCUGGAGCGCCUAAGUCGAUUAACGGAGUAGGGAUCAUCAUGACUGAACGACUUAAAGACUUCGUUGUGCAAGUGGAAAGACACGGGGAUAGGUUGAUGUUGGUGAGAUUGGUGAUACAAGAGGAGACAAUAAACGUGAUCAGCGCGUAUGCUCCCGAGUCGGGCCAGGGAGCGGGAGAGAAGAAGAAUUUUUGGGACUCACUGGAUGAGCUUGUGAGGAGUUUCCCUGUUGACCAAUGA